GGCCCUUCCAGUCCUUGUCAAUGAAGUGGUGUUUGUCGUGAUGCUGAGGCGCUAGAGAAGAGAAGAAAAAACUGGGGCCUGCAGUGUUUACAUCCCUGAGCAUAGAGAGCUCUGACCGAUUGUGAUGCAGGGACCAAAGAGGAGGGGGUACUUGUUUUCCUGUUCAUCCCGGGAAGUAUCCGGAGCCGGUGGGCGGUGCAGACCCCUGAAGAUACAGAUAGCCUGUGGAUGCUGACCAGAGGAUGCAAUAGAUGCAGACACUACAGAGUGUGAAUAUAUUUUGUAUUUCUGCAGGGAGACGAGCCGCUACAGUGCGUUAGAAAAGGUGGGAGAAAAUCUGAACAGAUCUUCUUUGUCUGCAAACACAGACGACAAUAGUUUGUUUUGUUUUCCAGGAAACAAGGAGGAUUGGCUCUCCACUUUUUUUGUGAGGUGCAGAGGAGUUGCCUCUUUAAGACCCUUCGAUUCUGUCAACGCUUUAAGUCGUUUUCUGGUCGGUGUGGAAAAAAGAGACAAAGAAGCACCUGACUAUGAGAAAGCUUACUGUGACGGGCCCGAGAUCUGCUGAUCAGUGUUUACAGAUUACUGCCAGGGAUGACAUCGACCAGAGAGAAGUGAUGCAAAUUGGUGAAAGCUGUCACUUUUGAUUUACAUCUGAUAUCAGGCCUUGGUUGGCGCAUCUCUCCGAGGCAUCAGAUCUCUCACAGGCCUUUGUAAAAACAUUUCAUACACGGAAGCGGACGUGGUUCUGCUGGUAGAUGCUCUUGUCUCUGACGCUCUUCCUGUGGAGGCUCUAUCGACAUUUCUCCAUCAUGUUCAGCUCAGAAAGACUCACAGUCCCGGAAUAUGUCAGCCGGCUGCAGAGAGGGAGGAGCGGCUCCGGAUCCGAGCCAAAAGCAGUGUCUCCGGGCGUCAGAGCCGAUGUCCAGCUGGUUCUGGAUGGCGCCCUCCCCGCCCUGCGCUGCGCCAUCCAGAGGCUCAAGUCCUCGCACGAGACCUCGGAUUCAGAUGAGACACGGAGGGCCAUCGCCGAGCUCUUCCAGCUGGUGGAGGAGGCCUGGGUUUUGCCCACUGUAGGGCGUCAGGUGGCCGAGGACAUCUGCAACAGGAUCCGGCUGGAUGGAGGCCUGGAGCUGCUGCUGCAGCUUCAGCAGAAUCCUGCUCUGGAGAUCACCUAUGAGUCUGCAAAACUGCUGGAGCAGAUACUGACCUCAGAGAACAGGGAUUAUGUAGCCCGUAUGGGUCUGGGGGUCGUCCUCAACCUCACUCGACAUCAGGAAGAUGCACAGCUGGCUCGCAGUGUCUCGGGGAUCCUGGAGCACAUGUUCAAACACACUGAGGAGACGUCUGUCCACCUUAUCUCUAACGGGGCCCUGGAUGCCCUCCUCUUCUGGUGCCGCGGCACAGACCCCACAGUGCUGCGCCACUGUGCCGUGGCACUAGCAAACUGUGCCAUGUACGGAGGCCACCGCUGCCAGAGAUGGAUGAUUGAGAAGCAGGCAGCUGAGUGGCUUUUCCCUCUGGCUUUUUCCAAAGAGGAUGAAAUCAUUCGCUUCCACGCAUGUCUGGCUGUGACUGUGUUAGCUGCAAACCGAGAAAUUGAGAAAGAGGUGGUGAAAUCUGGAACCCUGGAGCUGGUGGAGCCAUUUAUUGCAUCUUUAGAUCCGGACGACUUUGCCCGCAGUUUGUUGGACAGUUCAGACAACAUGCAGGGCAGGACAGCAGCUGACCUGCAGCAUUUUCUGCCAUUACUGGAUGGCACAAGACUGGAAGGAAAGUGCAUUGCAGCCUUUUACCUUUGUGUGGAGGCCAGCAUCAAGUCUCGUCAGGGCAAUACUAAGAUAUUUCAAGAGAUUGGAGCAGUGCAGAGCCUAAAAAAAAUGGUGAUGUACUCCAGUAACGGUACAGCCUGUGGCCUAGCCAAGCGGGCACUGAGCGUGAUGGGAGAGGAAGUGCCAAGACGCAUCCUGUCAUGUGUGCCCAACUGGAAAACCUGUGAAGUGCGGACCUGGCUGCAGCAGGUCGGCUUCAGUGCCUACUGUGACCGAUUCCAGGAGCUCCAAGUAGAUGGAGACCUCCUGCUGAACAUCACAGACCAGGAGCUGUGCCAUGAUCUGGGCAUGACUGCAGGCCUCAGUCGCAAAAGGUUUCUGAGAGACCUGUGUGUGUUGAAGACGUAUGCCAAUUACUCCACAUGUGACCCAAACAACAUGGCUGACUGGUUAGUGGAGGUUGACCCUCGUUUCCGGCAGUACACCUACGGACUGGUCCAGUCAGGAGUGGAUCGCAAUAACUUCAAGAGCCUGACGGAUCAGCAGCUCCAGAACGACUGCCACAUAGACAACGGCGUCCACAGAGCCAAGAUUCUCUCAGCUAACAACAAGCCCUUAAAACCGUGCCAAACUGAUGCUCAGCCUGCAGGGCCCGACGUCUUCAUCAGCUACCGUCGGACUACUGGCUCCCAGCUGGCAAGCCUUCUGAAGGUGCACCUGCAGGUCCGAGGAUACAGCGUCUUUAUAGAUGUGGAGAAGCUGGAGGCCGGAAAAUUUGAGGACAAACUGAUCCAGAGCGUACAGCGGGCGCGUAACUUCAUUCUGGUCCUGUCCUCCAAUGCACUCGACAAGUGCAUGGGUGACACUGACAUGAAGGAUUGGGUGCACAAGGUUGGAAGUUUUCAAUUUUUCUGUAUUGUAUAACAUUUUGCUUAAAGUGGACCUAUCAUGCUAUAUUUGAAUAAUAUAGUGUAGGACCAUACCUA